AUCUGCUACAGCCACUGUGUUGUGCGCACGUGUAGCACGCGCUGGACUUAUCUGCUUUGCUCGUUUCAUCCAACGAGCCGAGCUACCCCAUCACCUGCCGAGCUGCUGAGCUACCCAUCGUUCGCGACAAGUUCCAAUCAGAUUUUCAGCUGGUCACUGUCUUGCUGCUGCUGAUAUCAUCAGCACGAGAUCUUUCGUCUUCUCCGUUCUUCUCCGAUCUGCAAGGUUCCAUCGGUUUCUGCUCCUCAAAUUCCACUACCUCUCUUCUUGAUUGGGAGGAAGCCAAGAAGAAGUCAAGAACUGCCCAGUCCCCGGUCACCAGGUGGUGGUGGCGAGUUGCGGCGAUGGCGUUCGUCUCCUGCCUCUCGCCGCUGAUGCUGAUGCUGAUGACGCUGAUGCUGUCCGCGGCGGCCGCCGGUAGCGGUGGUGGUGGCGUGGCGGAGUACGAGGCGCAGUUCGAGGCGUGGUGCGCGGAGCACGGGAGGUCGUACGCGACGCCUGGGGAGCGCGCGGCGCGGCUCGCGGCGUUCGCGGACAACGCGGCGUUCGUGGCGGCGCACAACGGCGCGCCCGCGUCGUACGCCCUGGCGCUCAACGCCUUCGCGGACCUCACGCACGACGAGUUCCGCGCCGCGCGCCUCGGCCGCCUCGCCGCCGCCGGCGGCCCUGGCCGGGACGGCGGCGCGCCGUACCUGGGCGUCGACGGUGGCGUCGGGGCCGUGCCCGAUGCGGUGGACUGGAGGCAGAGCGGCGCCGUCACCAAGGUCAAGGACCAAGGCAGCUGCGGUGCUUGUUGGAGCUUCUCAGCUACAGGUGCCAUGGAGGGAAUAAACAAGAUCAAGACAGGUUCUCUGAUCAGCCUUUCCGAACAGGAACUAAUAGACUGUGAUAGAUCCUACAAUAGUGGUUGUGGUGGUGGGCUCAUGGAUUAUGCUUAUAAGUUUGUGGUUAAAAAUGGUGGAAUUGACACGGAAGCGGAUUACCCAUAUCGUGAAACAGAUGGAACAUGUAACAAGAACAAGCUCAAAAGGCGAGUGGUAACAAUUGAUGGCUACAAAGAUGUGCCUGCCAACAAUGAAGAUAUGUUACUUCAGGCUGUUGCUCAGCAACCUGUUAGUGUAGGAAUAUGCGGUAGCGCUAGAGCAUUUCAGUUGUACUCCAAGGGUAUCUUCGAUGGUCCAUGUCCUACAUCUCUUGAUCAUGCUAUAUUAAUUGUGGGAUAUGGUUCUGAAGGUGGCAAGGAUUACUGGAUUGUGAAAAAUUCUUGGGGUGAAAGUUGGGGUAUGAAAGGCUAUAUGUAUAUGCAUCGAAACACUGGUAACUCCAAUGGUGUCUGUGGCAUAAACCAGAUGCCGUCAUUCCCUACGAAAUCAAGCCCGAAUCCUCCUCCUUCACCAGGGCCAGGUCCAACCAAAUGCAGCCUUCUUACCUAUUGCCCUGAAGGAUCCACCUGCUGCUGCUCCUGGCGUGUCCUGGGGCUAUGCCUUUCCUGGAGUUGUUGUGAACUGGAUAACGCAGUUUGCUGCAAGGAUAAUCGCUAUUGCUGCCCUCAUGACUACCCGGUUUGUGAUACGGCCAGCCAACGAUGCUUCAAGGCAAAUAAUGGCAACUUCUCUGUCAUGGAGGGAGGGAGUAGGAAACAACCUUUCUCCAAAGUUCCUUCUUUGGGUGGUUUGUUGGAACUGUUGGAUCAGUGAGCCUAUAAUUCGAGCCAACUAUCUUCGAAUACACUGAUGUAUGGACAAUGCUAGGCUCAGUCAGUAGUCAGUGGUUGGGUUGCUGCUUUCUUCAAGUUUCCUGCCGCCCUGAUGCUCGUCUUGCACGGAGAUAUUCAGAUUUACUGUGUAUUUUGGUGAAUGGUAAAUCAUAAUUUGCCCUGUAAUGUUGUUGCUGUACAUGUCAGACUAGCCUGGAUUAUUUCACUCAAUUUGUGCUAGUGAGAACCACUUGCUACGUAUGGUAGAUUGAUAAUAAAGAGAUUGUGCUGAGUCCAUGCAUCUAAAACUCGGAUACUUUUUUUUUUUACUGAAAACAGUUGGAGAGACUUCUGCUGCGCUA